UAUGUCACAGAAAAAAUGGGCGGUGCGGAAGGCACCAAAUUGGAUUUGGAUUUUAUGGACAUGGAAAGGAAAACGGACGUCACAGUUGAAUUAGUUGAAGAGCUUCAGCUAAAAACCAAAGAAUAUUUACAACCAAAUCCAAAUGCUAGAGCGAAAAUGGCAGCUGUUAAGGGCAUUUCAAAAUUGUCAGGGCAGGCAAAAACAAAUACGUAUCCCCAACCAGAAGGCGUGUUGGGAGAUUGCAUGUUGACAUAUGGAAAGAAACUUGGCGAUGAUACAGUUUUUGCAUUGGCGCUCAUUGAAAUGGGUGAAGCCCUCAAACAGAUGGCAGACGUUAAAUAUUCACUUGACGAUAAUAUUAAACAAAAUUUCCUAGAACCUUUACAUCACUUACAAACCAAAGAUCUUAAAGAGGUUAUGCAUCACAGGAAAAAACUACAAGGUCGGAGACUAGAUUUUGAUUGCAAAAGGAGAAGGCAAGCUAAAGAUGAUGAAAUUCGCCAAGCGGAGGAUAAAUUUGCGGAGUCCUUGCACCUUGCGCAAGUUGGAAUGUUCAAUCUACUUGAAAACGAUGUAGAACAAGUUUCACAAUUAGCAACGUUUGCCGAAGGACUUUUGGACUACCAUCAGCAGUGCACAGAGAUAUUAAAGAACUUAACAGAAACUCUUCUAGAAAAAAAAGAGGAAGCAGCAAGCCGACCGAAGAUGGAGUUUGUGCCGAAAACUCUAGCGGAUUUGCAUAUCGAAGGCGUUUUAGAAGGUGGAGUAAAUGGUGGGAGACACACGCCCUCCUCCGCUUCGCCGCUACCGUCUCCAAUGAGGUCUCCAGCUAAAACGCCGCAAGUUAAAAAGCAGCCAUGCUGUACUGCUUUAUAUGAUUUCGAACCUGAAAAUCCAGGAGAACUUGGUUUUAAGGAAAACGAUGUAAUAAUGCUGUUGAACAAAGUCGAUGAGAACUGGUUUGAAGGCUCUGUGAAUGGACGCACUGGCUACUUUCCUGUUACGUAUGUACAAGUUACGGUUCCUCUGCCAUAAAAUGUUUAAUAUUUGAUUUUCGUAACACGAAGAUAAAAAGUACUUGAAACCAUCUUGAAAGAAAUUGCAAGCAAAUGCAAGUGUUAUUUAGUAGUAAUAUUGG